AGACUUUGUCUAAUGGUCAAACGAGAGCAGAGGUGAUUGCACCUACCCCUUUUUUCCCAAAAGAAACAGUCUAGUUGAUCAUUGACAGAGGCAAGCUGAUUGACCAGCCCACCACAUCUCUUUUUCCGUGUACAACCCUUGUACUUGUAGUGGACUAACAUGAAGAUGGUUGAGGAUCUGAAGAGAAAACCCCUCUUCAUUCUUGCUGUCAUCUUGCUGCUUAGUUCAGCACAAGCAGGGAACACAAACAGAACCUCAUGGCAUCAGUGUGCUGACUUCCAGACAGCAAAUUUCCUACAUGGCAGUAAACUUAAUGUCCAGUUUCUUCUCUUCACCUCCUCGAACCCCAGCUGUGGGGAGUUGAUUUUAGCUGAUGAUGGUAUUGAGGACACCAGCUUCAACAGCAGCCUGGAAACCAAGAUCAUAAUCCAUGGCUUCAGGGCUUUGGGCACCAAACCUUCCUGGAUUGAAGGGCUUGUCCGUGCCAUACUGCACACAAGCCACGUGAAUGUGAUUGCGGUGGACUGGGUUCAUGGGUCUACUGGAGCCUAUCACUCCGCAGUGGAUAAUGUCACACAGCUGGCCCUCUCCAUCUCACACUUCAUCAGCAAGCUCCUGGCCCUGGGAGUCUCAGGGACAUCCAUCCACAUCAUUGGCGUGAGCCUUGGUGCGCAUGUCGCGGGCCUGGUUGGGCACUUCCACGGCGGUCAGCUGGGACGGAUAACAGGCCUGGAUCCUGCAGGCCCAAAGUACACCAGAGCCAGCCUGGAGGAACGCUUGGACCCUGGGGAUGCCCUCUUUGUGGAAGCCAUUCAUACAGAUGCUGACAACUUCGGGAUCCGGAUACCUGUAGGCCACAUCGAUUAUUUCGUCAAUGGAGGCAAAGAUCAGCCAGGAUGCCCCCGAUUCAUCUCUGCAGGUGACUUUCUUCUUACAGGCUACAAGUAUCUGAUCUGUGAUCACAUGAGGGCAGUACAUCUCUAUGUCAGUGCCUUGAAACACUCCUGUCCUAUAGUGGCAUUCCCUUGCUCAAGUCAUCAGGAUUUUUUGAAUGGCCGGUGCCUGGACUGUGAUGAUCCCUUCCUGUUCUCCUGUCCCAGAAUAGGCCUGCUGGAGCAGGCAGGCGUCAGCAUGAGAAGGCUGCCCAAGGAAGUGAUUGUUUACUUAAUGACAAGUCCUUCAGCCCCGUUCUGUGUCCACCACAGCCUGGUUGAGUUCCGACUGCAGAAGAAAAGAAAUGUAGUCACCAGCAUUGAGAUCACUUUCUACAGCAACAGCACCAAGGACACUGCGAAGAUCACCAUACCUCAGCAGGAGGAGGUGGGCAAGCGGCUGCUGGCCCACAAGGUUCCCCUCUGCGAGAUAAACAUCGUGAUGCUCAAGUAUCUCCCCAACAACCGAUUUUGGAGGAAGGAUGAGUCGCACAUUGUCGGCAAGUUCUGUGCAGCCCCACUGCCUCUCAAUAAGAACAGGACCAUGUUCUGCCUGCCCUGGAACAUCACUCUUUAUGGCAACAUGGACCUCUCUUACCAGCUGUCUGCUGCGUGUGCCUAGCACAGCUUUCAGAGUAUGGAUGCAUACCCAAAACUGGGAAGGAGUCCUAAACCUACUGCCUCUCUCUGCUCACGGAUGAUACUUUCAUCAAAGAACCACGUGGGUUUUUUACUUCCCGCAUUCAGGAGAGGAUGUCAAGGAAAAGUAGCAUGCAGUACAUCAGUGAGUACAAGACUUAGCAGUUGCAGCAAGACUUCCCAGUUAAAAGACUGAAUUAGGAUUUUUAUCUCACAGAUUCUGUACCAAGCUCUGAAAGAGAUGGGCAAGUCAUUUAAUCACAAGAUUUCAAUCUCUGUGAAAGGAGAAGAUGAUAUCACUCUUUCUACACGGGGAGUACUGGGAUGAUUCAUUUGUGUUUUAUUAAAGUGUCCUGAGGUUUUCAUAGUAAAGGUGUGAAGUAUUACUUCUCCUCAGUAAGGGGAGUUUAGUUUUGGUUUAGCCUUGGAACUGGGAGGUGCUAUAGAAUCAUAGAAUCAUUUAGGUUGGAAAAGACCCUUAAGAUCAUCAAGCCCAACCAUCACCUAGACUAACUACCAAGUCCACCACUAAACCACAUCCCUAGUUGCUUAGGCAGCUUCCUUAGCGGAGAACUCACUUGCACCAUCUGCAAGAUGCUUUCAGAGUGAGAACCUAUCAAUUUCAUGUUAUCAGAGUGGAUCUCCAUCUCAUGACGGCACUGGUGCAGCUUUUCAAGGCUGUUGGCUUGUUCUCUUUGAAGCUCACAUGAAGUGAAGCAGACACCAGAAGCUCAGAGUGCUCUUCCAUGCAAUUUUGCACUGCCUUGAGCAACUGCCCAGAAGAGAAGGUAACAGGAGGACAUCAGAGUAUUGUAGCUAUAGGACCACCUAAAACAAAUUAGUCCCAGGAACUCAGCACAGCCCUUCAGACAUGGAAAAGUAGGAAAUGUCUGGAAAGCACUGGUAGAAGACUAAAAUAUCAAGGAGACACAUACAGAAGCAGCCCUUACCCAUUCUACCUGUUUUCCACCACCUUGAUGCAUCUGCAAAUUAAAGAGGCGACAAGUCUUGCAUCACUUUUGCCCCCAGCCACACACCCUGUAGACCACUCUCACUGGUUCCCUGGACUGGCUUUAAUGGGUAACACAAAAGUGCACCAGGAAGAGUAUGGUCAAGAGAAAGGGACAUGCUAAAAGCAUUUCUGCCUUGAGGAGAGCUCUGUCACUCUGCAUGAGCUGUCACUCCACUAGGCAUUGUCACAGAGUUACCUCCUGCCCUCAACUCACAUCCCAACUUUUGGACUCUGUCAUGUGGUUGCUUGGAAGACUAAUUAACAAAUGAUCUCUAGUGUCCACUCAGGAGAGGGCUAGAGCCAGACUGACAACCUGGCAGAGAUCCCAAUUAGAUUGUGCCAUGACUGAAGGGUUUCCAGGAGCUUCUUGUUGAAGACUGGAGUACAACCAAGAGAGUGCAGUGACUGGCCGUGGUGACAGCCAUUAGCAGGAUGAACCUCAGGCCUCGGCAGCCCCGUUGUCCCAUCCUGGGAUGAAAGCAAAGGCGAGCAGUGUGAGAAGCAGCAUAUGCAGUGAUGAUGACUGUGGAUCCCACAUACCUAGCACUCCAUACCUCAGCAAGUACCAGAUCCCGAGGGCUCAGAUCUCACUUGGAGAAGACCUGCAAGCCACAUCAAACUACCCCCAGGCCACAGCCCUUGUGUGAGCAGCACCAGGCAGGCAGGGCUGCCUGUAACAGCCCAAGCCUGACAAAAACCCAGUCCAACACACGGGGUGUCUGUGCCCCUGUGUGUCCAUGCCAAGAGAUGCUGAAGAUCACCCUGCCCUGUGCAUGCUGCUCUGUGGCCUAAUGCUCCUUGCUCCACCCCUCAAUAUCUGCUGUGAAGAGGCUCCCACCCUCACCGCCAAGCUGGGUUGUGCCAGGAGCUGUGGGACAGGGAAAUUCUCCAUGGGUAUCUCCAUCUCUGUGACUCCCUAAAAGAGGAAAUGGUGGGGGAAGCCCACCAGCCAAAUCUCAUUGCAGCUGAACAUGGAAGAGGCUUUCCAAUUUCACACUUUCAUCUAAGACUGCACUUUCUUCUCCCUACCAGUGACUGCUCUCCCCAGAGACCUUUUGCACUCACUCAUUUCUUCAC